AUAAGAGUCCAUCGAAAUUUUCAGGUAUCAUUACUUCGUGCGCUUUGUGCUAUUACUUCACAUUCCAUCACAUUCCAUCCAAGAAAACUGGAGUGUGACCGAGUAGGACAGUGAAGGGAAAUGGAUGCAAAGAAUGAAGGCACAGCUGAAGAAAUUUGUAGUAAUAAGGAAAUCAGUCUGCCCGAGGUCACGGCUAGCCUUGAAAUGCUCACUGUUACCCCAGAUGUUAACCAAAAAGUGGUUACCAAACGGGUGUUCAGGAAAAGAAUUCCCAGAACUGAUAUGUCUGUAACAGCGAAUCGCAGGUGCAGUCAGAAACCCAGAAAAAGACGUUAUUCCGAAAUGGAAGGAGAUGCAGACAUCACCGGGUAUUACUUGGACAAAAAUUUACAACUUUCUCCAAAGAAGCUGGAAACUAUAUUAGAGGAAAGGACGGGCCCGGGUGAAAGCAGCGUACUUAUUGGAGCUAAGAAGUUCAAAAGAAUGAUUGAAUUUCAGGUAGAGCCGACAGCUUCUAAGCUGAAAAAAAGGCGGGCUAGGGUGAAGAAAGUUUUCGGUUCGAAUAUCAAGCACAGAAGGAGAUGUACAACAAUGGAGGUGUUGUUCGCCAAGUUGAAUACCAUGCAGCCAGAGUCAUCUCCUGAAUUUGAGGGCGAAGAUAAGUGAACAAGAGAUUUGAUCAAACUACGCUGAUUGAAUUCACUAGUUGCAUAUUAUAAAACUAUCAUGAGACUGUAUAAAUAUUAAUUUAAGUUUGAUAGAUACGAAUACAAUCAAUGAGAAAUAGUGAAACUUGUAUUUGAGUAAUAAGCUAAAGGUCGUGCAAAUGAAGUUAUCACUACUAUACAAUUGACGGCUAUAAGUUCCUGAAUUUAUACAAUUUUCUUUUUCUUUGAUUAUGAGUUUUGUACCGAUAGAAAUCGUAUUAUAGCAUACAGUAUAACAACUCAUCUCUCUAAAUAUAACUAGUACACCAGAGACUGUUCAUUUCAAUCUAUACUAAAUCACAUUGAAUUUGCAGCUAUUAUAAUGAUUUCUACGAAUGAUGCAAUUUUAGUUAUUGAAUGAUUAACAAUAGAUAAUACAUAAACUGGGUUUACCAGUCUUUCCAGAUCCAAUAACAAUAUUAAAGUAGAAAAAUGUGAAUAGAUUUUGAUUAUUUUUGUUUAUUAGACAUCUGUGAAAAGUAGUUAUAAAAUUUCGUUUAUGCAAUAGUUUAAAAUUUUGUAUCCCGAUAAGUACCCUGAUAAACUUCCUAUAUUAUAAAUAUUUUAAGACAUUAGUUGAA